AUGUGUGGACGUUAUGCUUUAGGCGUGCGCUUGGCGUAUAUUCGACAGCGUCUGCAGGAGAGAGGGAUGCAAGUGGAUGAAGCGCCUGACGAUGAUGAAGUACGGGAGACCUACAACUUUGCCCCCGGUAACUUCGGAGCCGUUUACCGUGCAGAUGUUCCUGAGAAGCACCAUUCCGGCCCUGGAGAAGCUGCGGACGUGGAGCAAGGUUCAGAACGCAUUGAAUCCAAUGACGAGAAUGACAAGACGAUGGAGCAGGUAGUGAAUAAGACCAACCCCAGAUUCAAGAUUCAAAGUAUGAAAUGGGGCCUCAUUCCUUUCUGGACCAAGCGUCAGCCGGACUACGGCUCCAUGAUGCGUACGAUUAAUUGUCGCGAUGAUUCCCUCAUUGAAGAUCGUGGCAUGUGGACAACUAUGAAACGUCGCAAGCGAUGUAUUGUGGUCUGCCAGGGUUUCUACGAAUGGCUGAAGAAAGGCCCGGGAGGCAAGGAGAGGAUUCCGCACUUCGUGCGGCGCAAAGACGGUGAUUUGAUGUGUUUUGCUGGGCUGUGGGACUGUGUAUCAUACGAGGGCUCCGAGGACAAGCUCUACACCUACACCGUCAUCACGACAUCCUCCAAUUCCUACUUGAACUUUUUACAUGACCGGAUGCCCGUCAUUUUAGAUCCUGGCACUGAAGCAAUAAGCAAAUGGCUUGAUCCAAAUAGAACGACAUGGUCAGAUGAUCUACAAUCUAUUUUGAAGCCGUACGAUGGGGAGCUGGAGUGCUAUCCGGUCUCGAAGGAGGUCGGUAAAGUCGGAAAUAAUUCUCCUGACUUCAUCGUGCCUGUCAACAGCAAAGAAAACAAGAACAAUAUUGCAAACUUUUUCGCCAAUGCGAAAAAGAAAGACGAUGUUUCUCUGAAGGAGCCUGCUUCCCAGGAGGAACCCGUGACCAAUGGCGAAGAGAAAGAAUCCACUACUCAAGGCGUCAAGAGAGAGCAUACUCCAGAUACGCCGAGCCACAUGGGAGAAAGCAAGAAAGCAAAGUCCCAACAAACCUCGAGGUCUCCUUCGCCGCAAAAAUCGAAGAUGCGAAGUGCCACUCAAAACGUGCCGAGGAAAAAAACCAGCGAGGUCAAGCCAACAGAUGGCUCACAGCGAAUCACGAACUUUUUCAGAAAAUGA